AUGGCAACAGCAUCGGCAUCUAAUUGGCUGCAUGUGGACAUUGGCGAUGAAACUCCGCAACUUCUCUCAACUCUCUCAAGUUGCAUGACACUCAGCGACGUUCAGUGCGAUGGUUACGUGCGUCUUUUGGCUGCCGACAUUUCGUUUGAGGACGAGGAGGAGCCCUCUGCUAAGCUAAAAGUGUUUCGAGGACUAAAGCUGAAGAAGGAGCAAUCGCUCCCGGGUAUACCUACUGCCAUUGAGAGUCUCUAUAUCGAUGAAACCGAACCCAAAACGCCGGUGAUUGCUGUCGCCAUUGCAGAGUCAGUUCUGUUCUAUAGGCAUUUGAAGCCCUACUUCAAGUAUACUGUGCCCGCCUUAGAUGCCGAAGAAUUGGAACUAGAAGUAUGGCGCAAGCUCCCUGUAAUGCAAUCAGAAACCCACGACGGAUUGCUGCAGUUGCUCAAGGAUGUUGACCAUGCCAAAUUGUCACGUAAAACUCAGCGAUUGCUUCAAUUGCCGGUAGAGGAGCGUGAAUCGUUUAUCAACAUCCAUAAGGAUUCGCCUGUGGGUCGUGUGGGAAUUAUUGUGGCUAUGUGCUGUUUGAAACGUGUUUCCAGCAGUGCCAAUCCGCCCUCCCAUUUGGUACUGGCAACGGAUACAGGCCGUGUCUUCGUAUUGGAACCUCAGGGCUUUAAUUUGGUUUACCAGGCCAAAACCUGUAGUUAUGAGACAGCUGUGCCGAGCCUAAUCUCUGUGCACGGCACUUACGAGACGGACUUUUGCAUUGUGGUGGGCACACGCAAUGGCGGCGUCUAUCUGCUGCGCAAAUCCAACAGCGAGGGACAGGAGAUCCUCAAGAUGAGCACUUCCUUAACGGGUCUACUGUUGCUGCCCGUUGAUCAGACAAUCGUGAUGACCACCAUGGAGCAGCGGUACCUAUGUUACUCCAAGCGUGGCAAGUUGCUCUACCAGGUGCAACUGGAGGCACAACCCGUAUGCAUUUUACCCCUGAUGCUCUCACAUCUGGGCAUCACUCUGGUGGCUGUGGCUUUACAAGGCGGCACAGUUAAGUUCUUUCUACAACGCUUUCUCGUGGAUGAGUUUGUGGUGCCACAGACCGUGGCUGCCAUGCUGUACGGCCGUAUGGGCAUGGAAGAUCAUGUGCUGACUUUGACAACCCAAACGGGUGAAGUGAUUAUGAAAAUAUUGCGACGUAUUACACGCUUUGAGAACGACAUCGAAGCGGCAACAUUGGCCAGCAAAGUCUCAGCGAGCUCACACCGGAUUGUGGAUGCCUCCAUACUCGACAAGCCCAAGAAGAGCUCCAUAUUUGUGGAGCAAGCGUCACGCGAGAAGCAACAUGCCAAGGCAAGUUAUGGCAGCUUUCAGGUGGAACUCUGGCGACUGCGCCACACUGCCGCACGUGCCACAAUUGAUGCGAUCAACUCCUCGGAGAGCACCAUAUCAGGAGACCUGACGCAUGCUCCCGUCAAGCUUUCGGCAGAGGUCUGUGGCAGUGGACCAGCCUUUCGACUCUACCUCACCGUGCAGAAUCUGUCCACAUUCAAGAUGGCAUCCAAUUUGGUGGUGCUUCUGCAUGCCGAUCGUCGACACUACACCAUGCAACAAUCCGUGGCCAGAUUGCCGAGUGUUUUGCCCGGCAUUCCGCUGCGUGUGGACUUUGAGGUUGUGUCUGUGCUGGAUUCAUUGGACAAAUUGCCACCGGCCAGUCUCACGCCAGACAAUUCCCAGAUUCGCGUCAUGCUCUUGAAGACUGGUCAGUCCAAGCCGCUUAUUGCUGCCGCAGUGGCCAUGCCACAAUCGGAGGCGGCUUUCUAA